AUGAAACCGAGCAUCAGCGUUUCUGACUGGCUGUCGGUGGUGCUGGCCGUGGUCGUUGUGAGCUGGCAGUGCUCUAGUGGCGCGAUGCUGGAUUCCUGCCCGGUCGUUGGGUCGUGUGUCGACGAAAACUCACCGUACCGCAGUAUGGAUGGGUCCUGCAACAGUUGGUACAACGCGCUGUACGGUACACCGUACCGGCCGUACCGGCGGCUACUUCCGGCCAAGUACGCCGAUGGAGUCUCGGAACCGGCCCGGAUGCGCUCGGGAAAACCGAUGCCCAACGCUCGUCAGCUGUCGAUGGCACUGUUCGGCGAGACGGAGCAGGGGGACGAGCGCAGCACCAUCGUCAACAUGCAGUUCGGGCAGUUGGUGGCCCACGAUAUGAGCUUCACGGCCGACGUGUUCGGUGUAAAGUGCUGCCCCGGUGGCCGUAAACUUCCGGAGGAUCAGCUUCCGGCGCGCUGUCUGCCACUGCCGGUGCCUGCGGAUGAUCCGGUAUUGGACCGCUCGUCCGGUAUCGAGUGCAUGAGCAUGCUGCGCACCAAGACGACCCUCGAGCAUCGGUGCGCCACCAAUUACGGCCAAGCGGAGCAACUCUCGUCGGUGACCGCGUUCCUUGACCUGUCGAUCGUGUACGGUAACUACGCGGACCAAACCGCAGGACUUCGAGCACACCACGGGGGCGAGAUGCUGGUAGAGCACCGCGGUGGCAGUGAUUGGCCUCCGCGUAAUCCGAACGCGACCGCUCUCUGCCAGAUGCUGGACGAGUCGGACGUUUGCUAUCAGACGGGUGAUCUACGGUCGAACCAGAGCCCUCACUUGGCGAUCCUGCAGAUUGCGCACCUUCUCGAACACAAUCGGCUGGCGCGGGAACUGCACCGUCUGAACCCGCACUGGGACGACGAACGGUUGUUCCAGGAGGCUCGAGCGAUCAACAUCGGCAAGUAUCAGGCGAUCGUGUACAACGACUGGUUGCCGAUCUAUAUGGGGCGUGAGAAUAUGAUCGCCCGUGGACUGCUGCACCAGCAGGUCGGUGAAGGGGAGCUCGCCCCGGACUACAACCCGUUGGAGGAUGCGACCGUCAGCAAUGAGUUUGGGACGGCGGCGUUCCGCUACUUCCACAACAUGAUCGUCGGACAGCUUGACCUUUACGGAACCACCGGGCAGGCGAGUGGCUCGAUCCGCCUCUCGGACUGGCUGCGCCGUCCGGCGGUUCUGGAGCGGCACAACAACCGGGAACUGCUGACCCGCGGUAUGGUCAGCCAACCGCACGACACUCCGAACGCAGACUUCUCGCCCGAGGCCAAGCAUCACCUGUUCCGGAACCAGCGCCAGUACGGAGCGGAUCUGAAGGCGAUCGACAUCCAUCGGGCCCGGGAUCACGGGCUGGCGAGUUACAACGAUGUCCGGGACUGGUGUGGACUCGGGAGGGCUACCAGCUGGCAGGAUCUGCACGCGACCCUGGCACCGGAAGUUGUCGAACGGUUAGCCGUCUGGUACGAAACCGUCGACGAUGUCGAGUUGGCUGUGGCGGGUUCGCUGGAACGACACCACCGUGGGGCUACCGUUGGGCCCACGUACCUGUGCAUCCUGAUGGAGCAAUUCCGGAGGACGCGCACCGGCGAUCGGUUCUUCUUCGAAAACGGACAAGCGGGGACCGAGGCGUUUCAGGUGGCAAAAGUCGUUGAAAUCCGUAAGGCUUCGGUCGCCCGGUUGCUGUGCGAUAAUACGCCGGGGCUGGCGCAAAUCCAGCGCAAUGCGUUCUUCUUGGCUGACGACGGGCGGAAUCCGGUCGUGGACUGUGCCGACAUCGAUGAGGUGAAUCUGGAACCGUGGAGGGAACGGUGA